AGUAGUAGCCCUGUUUUUAGGAGUGACCUCGUGGUCUGGGGAUACUGAGACCCAGCCAUGAGCUCACUAUUUCUGCAUGUAAUUAAGUUAAUUUGAGUGUUUUGACCGAAGCCGAAAGCAGUAACGUUUUUUUUGUCGACCCGAUGUUAGAAAAGACCACCGAAAGUACUGGCUUGGUAGAGACGGUGAAAAGCAUGCAAAGCUCUGUUUAGACGUAAGCCAGUCGUUUUAGGACUUAGUUUUGUUUUCCGUCGAUAUGUAUCUUCCGGGCGAAUGUUACAGGACUCCUGACUGUAUCCUCGGUUACUAUGAUAUAUUCGACCUUCUGAUUAAAACUUUAAAAAAGUUGCGAUUGUGCACAUUCACCAAACCGCAUUAAAAUGCCCAAAAUUCACCCGGCUAUCUUCACUCUUUGUAAUUUGCCAGUUUUAUCUUUUCACUACUUGAUAUGAUUAGGGCUUAGAUUGAAAUUGCAGGAACACAAUGGUAGCUUCUAAUGCAAAAACUAUAUCCAAGCGCCAGAAAAGAAGCCUGGAACAGGUGAAAAAUUCCGAGAAGUCAAAUGCCAAGAAAUGCUUGGACAACAGAUUUCCUUCCAUAGAAGAUAUAACUCCAAAUAAGGCAUUACAAUUUGCAGAUUGCACAAUAGGUCUCACAAUAAGACAUCUUCCAAUUUUGCUGAAUGUUGGACUACCGGUUGCUCUGCUUUUGAUUAGCCUGGGCUCCUCAUGGAUACUUACGAUACCCUUUCUCGCUCUCCAAAUCGUUGCAAUAUUUUUAUGCCUGGAAGAACCACAAGGUGCGAGUUUGCUGCUGCACGUCAUGACUCUCCUUGCGGUAUCUCUGUCAGUUUGCCUGUUUGGAUCCCUACUUUUUUUGUCCUGGUACCACAUAGUGUUCUAUGUAGCCUGUCUGGGAUGUUAUGUUGGACUCAAUGUGUUGCUACACCUGACAUUGGACUCUGUGGUCGAAGACGACAAAGAAACAGCAGUUACAUUGGAGGUGGCUCUGAUGAAGCUAUUUCCUGCUUUCGUGGCUGUGGCCAUAUGCUGGACAUUGUACUCUGCCAUCCCUGCACCCCUCUCACAUUACUUCGUCACACUCUACCAAGUAUUGAUUGUGGUGCUGUUCUGCUACCCUCACAGGAGCUCCUUCGCCGGACCCAUGCACAAAGAUGACCUUCUAUCUUAUGACAACUCGGUGAUUGUGUCCGUGAGUGAAGCUUUUGUGGCAGUGGCAUGUGUCUUGCUCUCUCCCCUCCUUCUCGCUGCCCUCUCCAGCUCCAAAAUAGAAACAUCAGCUGAACAUGCACUGCUACAUGUGCUGUGUUGCGAGGCAAUAGCUGUGAUGCUCUUAGCCUGGAGUCCUUUGAGCGAGUUAUUGGUGUUCGCCCAGCUACAAUUGGACAGGAAACGUCUGGAGUGGAGAACGAGAGUGCUUGGGCUACUCAUGUGUACUGUGGCUACAGUUUCAGUCCUGUUCCUAGCCGAUUCCUCAGACAACUCGAUGCUGAUGAGUCAGCUGCUCCUUUCUCUAGUCUCAACGAUAUCUCUAGCAUAUCUCACUCUUACCUCACAGCAUCAGAGAGUUGUGGUGGGCGUUUCGCUGUUUUGUACGGUGGCUUCUUUAUGUCAACUGCUAGCUGUGGAAAUCAACUACGAUAGUGUGACUGAGUCUCCAGUGCAGUCUGUGCACCAAGUGUGUCUCUCCGCUCUCUCCCUCCUCCUCUUCAUCGCCAUCUGUGCAAGCAACACCAGACCAAACCACAAAGUUGCGACCUGUGUGCCAAUCGUGGGAGUGGCGCUGGUCUGGGUGCAGUACUGUCACUUCCUUGUCCUCUCAGGCAUCAUCAACUAUCUAGUGGCUCAUCUAAUUACCCUCACACUAGCUCUGCUCAUCAACACAUUGUUCCGGUCUCAGAAAAACUCAGAUCACCCGGAUUCGCCCUGUCUCUAUCUGCCCAGAGUGAUCUACGUGCCACUCUUCUGUCUCCUAGUCUCCCUCUGCUUGCAUCUGCUCUCCCUGUCGGCAACAUCUGCGCUUUCCAGUUCGGAGUCUUCAUUACAGCUAUUGUGUUUUGGCAAAGUGGCUAUGAGUGUACCAAGUUUGUGUCUUCUGCUGUCCCCUGUCCUAAUGCCUACACAGUUCUACGCAUCCGUAUCUUCAAUAGUGGGUGAGUAUUCGGGCUCAUUUGGAUGGAAGGAAUUGGCUGUGACGCUAGCUUCUCUGGCUGUUCAUGUCUGUCUCGGAGGAACAACAGUAGCAUCUGCAGUAUAUUCAUUUCUAACUGGCUACCAGCCUCCUUCACAUGAGGCAACCUUAGGGUUGUUGUUGAUUUUGUGCACCGUAAGUGUGUGUCAAAUGUGGAGCCCCAUUGCGACCAGCAGCCCAUUGUCCCCUUCUCACUUGAACAAUGGACUAUCAUUUGGUCUAGUUCUCCUUCUUAGUGGAUGUGGUAUCCUUUUUUCUGUCUUACAACCAGCCAACAUCAUCGCUACUCAACUUAUCACACUGCGAUUCUGUCUGUGUGGAACUCUGCUGUUCUGUGCAAUACUCAGUAUCUGCUUCAUCCUCUCCUCCUCGCAGUUGAUGACAACCCGUGGAGUCCUCCUGCCAUCUCUCCUCUCAGGAACCCUCUUCGGACUCCUAUUUCCUUUGGCACUCCUAAUACCUCACAUGGAUACAGUCUCCUCGUUUUCUUUCCUGCCUCAGAUGUACUUGGCGGUUGAUGCUCUUCUUUACGUGGUGAUCUGUACUUGCAGUGCUUAUGUGUCGUAUACUGUAUUGUUCAUGAGCACUGUCAAUGACCGAACCACUCCGCCCAAUCACACCAAUAAGACAUUCAAUUCCAUAAUGGUUGGCACUGCGUUUCUGUUGGCAAUGUGUCUGAUUUUGGAGUGGAGUCUGUCUCUUAAUUUGACCCAGUCUGUUUACCAAACAUGGAUUCCUAUUUCGGUUCCACCCGUUGCCCUCGUUUCUUUCAUCAAUCUUGGAACAACUGCAUUGUCAAUCAAAGUCUACCAACACAACCUAGCUGCUAGGUACGUGGAUGACAAAUUGCCAGCUGCCCUGGAGAGAAUGGAAGCCAUGUACUCUCUACUCGCUGUCCUGUUUGGAUUCCUGGUCACUCCAAGGGCACUCGUGGCUUUAUGGGUGCCUGGUGUAUUGUUACUAACCUACAGACCAGGAGUGAAACGCUGGCUCAGCAGACAGACUGAGAGCUGCCUACCCUUUGCUAACAUGGGUGCAUGCUACGCUAUAGUGGGGUUUAUUGUAUCCCUUUUGCAAAAUCCAAUUCUAAGUCAAACCCAGUCUCCGACCAUCCUUCCUCCAACGCCCUCAAGUUGGAUGUCUUUUUGCUUCACUACGGAGAUACUCCUAUUACCCUGCUGCUUUUUGUGUCUGGCUCUGGUUUCUUUUAUCCUCCGAAACGGAACUGUGGAACCGUUGCUAUCCAGACAUGCAUCUGUGCACUUCGCGCUCCUAGCCAGCCCCUUGGGACUACUCUUGUCUCUUAUCGGAUCUUCCCUCUCAUCUUCACUUUAUGGAGUGCUGGCUUCUGUCCUCACUCUGACUGUCAUGUGGGAUCAUUUGCCAUUUUCACAAUAGGAUGGCAAAACUUAUGCUUGUUUGUUCAUCCUGCGUCCGACGUAGCAUCUAUCCCCUCAUAUACCAACAAAUUUCGCACAACUUAGUUUUUUAGUGCUUAAAGCAAAACUGGCGAAAAGACCAUUGAAAUGGCGAACUUUUGAAGUAUACUCAAUUUACAAUAUUUUCAACAGUUGCAAUACAUGUGUAUCGUAGUUAGUUAAUUUAAU